AUAUAUUACCACUCUAGCAUUAAACAAUCACUCUUUCUCUUUCAUUAUUCUCUCAUCAGUUUCUUUCAUUCCAAACUAUCAUAUUCAUCUUCAUCAUCACCACCUAAAACUCAAAGCUCUAGCUUCAUCUUCAUGUUCCAAAAUCUGCUAGUUUGUCAUAGUAGCCGCCAGAUGCACCAAACGGAAUGAGAAAUAAGGUGGGAAGUAGUGUUGAUUUUGAGAUAUUCACUUGGAAAAUUGAAGAUUUCACAAAGAAAGAUAUCACCAAAUUAAGCUCCAAGGCUUUCAAAAUACGUGGCUAUACAUGGAAGCUUCUUGUGCAUCCACUGAGGAACGAUGUGAAUCAUUUUUCAUUGUAUUUGAUGGUUGCUGAUAAUUUACCUCCUUAUGGAUGGACAAGAAACACUUUCUUCAAGUUGGCUCUAAUCAAUCAAGUUGAUAGAAGAAAGUCAAUUGUAAAGGAGACACAACAGAAAUUCAAUGGAGGACAUAGAUGCUGGGGUUCAUUCUUCAUGAAUCUAAAAGACUUCCAUGACCUUAGACAAGGUUACAUUGUGAGGAACACAUGCAUCAUUGAAGCACACAUUUGUGUCUCCAAUUUUCCACCACCUCUAGACACCAACAUUAUCAACCCAAUCAAUGAUGAUUCCAUCUUAGAAAAUAAUAACACUAAUAAUAAUCCAUCACCUCCAACAACAAAUCAUGCUAAUCUUCGAUCCUCAUGUGAUGAAAUUACAAAUAGCCCCUCAACAUCAUCAUCACAAUCAUCAUCAAGGUCUAGUCCAAAUGAAUCAUUAGGUACUAAUAGUGAAAUCCAAGCUUCAUCAAAAAAACAACUAAGACUAAGAGACCUAAUAGAUUUGCAAACCUUCUUAAAAGAUCACAUUCCAUUGUUAGAAGAAGUUUGCACAUGGCACCCUUCACUUUUACAAAGCCAAAAGAAUAGGACUCAAGCUUUUAGGUUAUGGGCAUUCACAUCAUUAGGCCAAGUUCUUCACUUUCUUAAGACAAAGAAGGUUAAGGACAUUGAUGACAAUGACAUAAAAACCCUUCAAGGUUUGUGGGAUGAACUUGAGAAGUCUUCAGGGUUUGAAUUGGCUUGGCUUCAGCCUUAUGUUGAGGCUGCAUUGAGUGUGAAGGCUCACUUGCAAAAAACAAAGAAAUUGAAGAAAUUGGUUGAUCAUGUUGUUGGUUUGGAAAUUAAGAUGAAGAAAUUGAGAGGGGAACUUGCUGCUGCUGAAGCUGAGUUUGAGAUUGCAAGAAAAGACUUGUCUCAAGUGAGAAAAGGGUUUCAAAAGAUGGAUGUGAAUGCUACUAUUGGUUAUGCCAUGUUCUAAUAAUAAUAAUAAUGAUGAUGACUUUGUUAUUAGGUGAAAACUCAAGUGAAGUCGACUUUACGUGAAGUUGAUACUGAGAGCCGUUAGAUGAUUUGACUGAUUUGACUGAAUUUUCAUCUAACAACUCUCACGUAUCAACUUCACGUAAAGUCGACUGCACCUGAGUUUUCCACCUUGUUAUUAUUAACAUGUGGUUAAUGAAUUUGUUAUUAUUGAUCAUAUGUUAUUAUUGGUCUCACAACUAAUUUUAUUUUCAGAUCUGGAAAUUAAGGUGCAGCUUCUUGUAACAUUUUUAACAUACCUAGAGUUAUUGAUCUUAGAAAUUGCUUCAUGUUCAUAGCUAUAUAUGUAAUUGGUACAGUAGUUUUGGUACUUUAUUAUUGUAAUGAUA